AGUUUGUUUGGCGGGGACUUCAACAUGGCGACCCCAGGUGGUGAAAGUUGGUCAAAAUGCACCAUUUUUCUCUAAAGAGACGCGGAAUUCGGGCAAAAUGAGCCCUUUGAUCGGAGAACCUGCUAUAUUUUUCUUCCAGGCAAGAAUUUGAUGCCAUGUGUGAAUCGUUUAAUAAUAUCAAGACUGAAACUGAAGCUUUUUCAAAGAGAUGUCAUGAAAUUGUCAGCUGAAUUCUGUUAACAACCACUCAUUCAUUAGAAGUCGCAUAGAAAAUGUCUGAAGAAGGAAAAAAGUCAAGUUAUUCAAAUGAUUUUUCUGCGGUGUCAGAAGCACGGCGAUCAUGGAGCUGGCGGAAACGAGAGGGAUUGGUAAGGUGAACUUAGAUUUCUUUAGUUUUGUAUAAUCUGACAGUAUCGCAGUGCUUGAUACAUAAUCCAUAUGCACCAAGCGAAGCAAAUGUCUAGAUCCCUGUGAGUUAAAGCGCCGUUCAAAAGAUCUGAUUUUCAAGUUUCAUCACUAUAAACAGUGAGCGUUUCUUGUGCACAUCAGGGGUGGUCAUAAACGCAGAACAUACAUUGAAGUCGGUCUGUAUAGACCAUGGGUCAAUUCAGUCUCAAAAAUAAAAGGUCAUUCUUCCGAAAUGGGAGCUACUGUAAAGGACGAUUUAGAUGGUACGAUUUUUGCUUACGACUAUAUGUACGAGACUACAUGUAGCAUGCAUCAUGACUUGUACAUGUGGACAGAUCAUGUCACGUAAAUUAGACCCACGACAGUCGUAUGAAACAUUGUGGAUGUUGUAUGUGAAAAUGGUGCACGUGUGGAUGGUUGAAAGUCAUGACAUAUGCUAGUCACACACAAUAUUUGUAAACAAAAUCGUACUGUCUAAAUCGGCCGUAAGAUUUUUGUUAAACGCUCCCUACGUGAAAUUCAUUACAUUAAGGUGGCUGAACACAGUUUUGCGGGCAGUCAGCGGUAACUCGCGUGACCGCGCGUGUUUUUAAUUAGACAAACAAACAUGGCGGCGAAAAAGCAAUGGUACACAGAAGACGAUUUCUCAAAAUCUACUCAUUAAAAUUUUGUGAUAUUUGGCAGAAUUUUUACUUUUAUCGUAUUUUAGAUAAUGAAAACUUUAAAAUGGAGGUUGAACAGACGAAUUUCGUGACACAUUUAAUAAUUACGAUACAAUUAUAUUAUUGAUUAUCUAAAAGUCCGUCUGUUAAAAUUUGAUCAAAUAAGUUUCAAAUGGUAAUGAUUAGUUACAGUAAGCUGUGUGCAAGAUUAUAGGAAAAUCUAAUGAGCGAAUUUUAUGUAAACUGAACAAAAGUGAAAUUUUAAGGUUGUAUUCAAUUGUUCAUGUUGCCAUGGAAACUACGAAAACGUCAAAUUUUACCUGUCAAUCAAAAUCUUUCAUUAGUAUAUUUUCCACCUGCCAAGUUUCAGCUUGUGAGCUGCAACUUUUCUCUUGCCAUGAUUUGGCAAAUGAUAUACACUCACAAACUGCCAAAACUGUGUUCAGCCACCUUAAAACUGCAGAAAUGAAAUUAUUAAGUGGGAUUCCCCAUGCUAACUAUUGGCACAUCAUAGGUGCACAUACCCCCUCUUUGAGCCUCCUGUCAAUUUAUGCUCAAUUUUGAGACUAUAGUUUCUUAAUUUGUAAGGCCAAAAUAAAAUUCAGAGAUGCCAAAAAAACAGAAAAAGCGAGUGUAACAGGCACUCUUGGAGAACCGAGGAACUUUUUUCUGUAUGCAACAACAAGAAUAGACCCUUUCACGGUUUUUUCAACUAUUGACUUGGACAAGUUGGGAAAUCUGUCAACACCACAGGAAAGAGCGCCUUAAUAUUAAUAAAAUUGCCAAAUUUGAAAGUGAUACAUCUUUCAGAUGUUUGUACAUUUUCAGAUGUUUGUAUGACAUUUACCCCUCACCAUACAAACAUCUGUAAAAUUUUGUGACUUUGAGGAGCUACAUCUUUGUUUUCAACAAAUCACUUUCAAACUUUGUAAUCUUAUUAAUCUUAAGGUGCUCUUUCCAGUUGUGUUGACGGAUUUUCCCUUAACUUGUCUAUUUAAAAAGUUGAAAAAAUCGUAGCAGGGUCUUUUUUUGCAAUUGUGUACUUUUUCGCUGUUGCCAAGAUGGCAUGGCACCCUCGUUUCAAAGUUUUCCUUUGCAACAAUCUUUUGGUUAUUUCAUAUAAUUAGGGAGAGAGUGAAGGUGAAAUUAAUAUGGAAACCCUGGAAAUUCUUUGUGAAGCACAGGAAGUAAGUGUUUUGCUAUUUGUGAUUUUUGCUAUUUUGAUUUACAUUAUUUUCUUUUUGUUUUGUAAAUGUUGGCUUUAAAUUUUAAUGGAGAAAUCAGAAUGAUGUUCAUGGCAAAGGGCAAACACCAACUUGUACCACAUGAUCAAAUGUUUUUUCUUAGUACAUGUAGUCUCACACCACUUUCACCCAAAAUAAUUAUUUUGAACUGUUUUUAUCAGUUUAUUUCCUUAUUUGAGGAAUUGUCAACAUGAAUCUGAAGUUUGCCAUUUGUCAUGAUCUUGAAUGAUCAUGAAUAAUUAGGGCUGUAGAGAAUCAACCUAGUUUGAAAUUAUUUUAACCUGAAUGUCAUUUUGACAUACAGCACUAGAGAGAGUUUUGUGUCCAAAGCUCAAAGUCAAGUUUACAAGCUCAGUGAGAUUACAAGCUUAUUAUGCAUUGCAGAGAUGGGACUGCAACUAGUCUACUAUUACAUGUACUUAGGGAUAGUAGAGCAAGCAACAUAAGAGAAUGUGUUUGAAAAUUGCACCUGCAAAGUGUUUUACGAAUAAUUUGUUGCAACAUUAUGUUACAUGAUCUCAUCAUAUUAUGUGAUCUCAUCAUUACGUUAGAAAAGAGACGAUGAAUCAGUUGGCCUCAGCUCUCAGGAAGCGUUGAAGAGACUUUUUGAUGCCAUCAAAGAUGAACUAUCAACAUACAUGGAGGCUAACAGUUGUACAUGGAAGGAAGAUUUGUGGAACACCUUGAGUCAUAAUCAUCACUUGCCAAUCAGCUUUAUCAGCCUUGGCUUCCUUAUUCUUGAGGUCUUGGUGAUGGUUUUGUCGUAUGCCCUGGCUGGCUCAACAAGAAAGUAUGUGACAAGUUUUCUUAGUCUUAAAAUCUAUCUUAUGUUGUUGUGGUCCCUUCUACAAGCACACUAUAGCUGUUGACAAUGGGCUUAAUUGAGCACAUUAUGUCAGAGACAGGCUGCUUAAUCAUUUGUUGGUCAUAUGAGUUAACAAAAGUUUAUUUAAAAUGGAAAGAACAGUAUCAUGAGGAAAUGCAAAUGUUGAGUUAAUGUGAAGAGAUAGUUUCUUUUCUAUGAUUUUCAAAAACUAAAAGCUUUAGUCUCAGGACUAGCAAAGCUUGCAGGAGAUGUAUUUCUACGGGCAAACUCACCUCUUGAUAAUGGAACCCAGUUUAUGGAGGGUACUUAAUUGAAUCACAAUAGUGAAUUUCUCAUUUUCUCAAUUUCAGUCAGAAGUAUAUGUAUUCAGUUUAUAGGAGUCUUGUAGAUCUUUGAUUUUAUAAUGUUGCAGUUCCAGCCUUCCAUUGGUUGAAGGGAUAAUUGUUUUGUUGCUUACAUCUGUGAACCUGGCCUUGUGUGUGAGAGAGGAAAGACUGAGGAGGACUGAGAUGGCAAGGAGUGUGCAGGACCUUCUUGAUAAUUAUGAUGGUGAGCAACAGUGAAGCAACCUGGAGUUUUGUAGUUGUCAUUUAUAGGUCAGAGCAGGAAAAAAAUAAUAAUUAAAUCCACUUGCAAGGGGGGGGGGGGGGGGGAGAUGCAAGUAAAUUUCAGUUUUCACUUGUCCUCGCUUAACUAUUUCUUGCCCCGAGGGAACACAAUACUGUACUGUCUAUAAUACAUUGGAAAUUUUAACAAAGUGUAUGAGAUUCCUGAUACCAAAAUGCUGUGCCAGAUACAGAGUAACUACUGGAUUUAACUGAUAUGGUGAUCCGAGGAGUAAGUAACAGGGGCAAGCAAGCAAACAAGCACUUUGAUUUUGAAGUGAUUCAUGCUUUCAACUAAUUGCAUCACUUUCAGUUUUCAGUUUUGAAAUACAUGUACAUGUAGUUUCUGUCUGGAAAUUAUCAUUUACCAAACUGACACUUUCAGACAGACCGACAGGACCACUGAGGCUAAUUACACUUGCCCACUGACACACCAAACUUCUAUUUUUACUUGCCUCAGAUCGUAAUUUACUUGCUCCAGGCCUUGGACCUAUUACAGUUACAGCAGUUAUCACUGACCCGUGCUUAUUGUGCUUAAAUUUCAUGCCAUCAAAGUUGAAGUGAGCAUAUGUCAAUCAAAUUCAUGCAAGUCCCUAACAUUAUUUUUAACAUGAUUUCAUGGUACUAACCCUUUAUACCUAACGAAUUUUGCUGUACGAAGUAGUUGUUAUCUGCAGAUCAACUCGUACUUUUGACCAUGCAUUUAAAUAAAAUGAUUAUACUUUACUGUGACCAUUCAAAUAAAAACUACUGUGGUGUACUUUUCUGUUGAUAUGAUUCCCAUUUAAUACUAUGUAAUCUAACUGACAAACAAAACAACAACAACAACAAAAUGAUGCUUAUACUAAGCAAUCCAUUGCUCAAGUUUCUAACCUCAGUCGUGAAACUUAUAUAUAACCAUUACAAUAAUUGAUAAAUAAUAGUUGGCUGUAAUUUAAUACUGUUGUCCUUGAUAGACUGUUGCAGUUGGAUGCCAUCAGAUUAUGUUGACCCUUGCACUCCUCCUUCACCAUCCAUCUCACUGGUGCAUGCCUAUAGAGACCAGGAACUCGUCAGUGUACCAUGUAACCUGCUCGUCCAGGGAGAUGUUGUGGUUCUAGGACCUGGGCACUCAGCCCCUGCACAGGUUCAACAGGUUAAUGAAAUAGAUUCUUCAUUAGUUGUGAUAAUCAUGUGUGGUCGGGGCCUGGAAUAAAGCUUCAAAAUUAGUAUCCGUUGGUUGCAUGUGAGUGUGGACUCAAGACAAAAAAACAUGAUGAUGAUGAGGACAAGACAUGAUGUGGUUUGCUGCCAAACAUUUGAAUUAUAACAGCCGUUAAAGCAAACGGUCACAGUAAAGUUUUAAGUUGUGUAAAAACAUGUUUUUGAUCAUGGAGUUCUGCUUAUCUUUUAUUUUUCUCAAUAGACUAAGUCAACUUUCAUGAAUAUUUCUUGCUUAGAAACAGCACAGCUACUUUCAUGAAUUAUUUUUUGGAGUUUUACAAGUAUUCCAGAUAUUCUUUUUAAUGUCUAAAAAAUUCUUGUGAUGAAAGCAUACAGCAAUGUCAUUUUGUUUUGAAUUGUCAACAGUUAAACAAGAUUGUUUGAUGGUUUGAGGCUUUGCAUGCAGCUGGCAUAGGUUCCUGGAAUAUUCCUUAAGUUUUUCCAGUAGCCCUUGUGACUGGCCCAGUUGCCUUUCAUUGCCUUGUCUUAUCCCCAAAAGUGAGACAAACUUAAAAGUUGAGUAGCCUGUAGGGGUUGGGUAUACAGCUAUUUCGAGGAAGGUUGUCGGGAAAAGUGCACGCGACAAUCCUGAAAGGCAUUGUGGGUGGUUUUGAGUUCUCUUUUUUUCACAGAAAUUUGAAAGAAUUGGCACAUAAGGCCUUGUAAAUUUGUUUGCCAUUGCUAAAGGAAAGCAACAAAAGUAGGUUCAACAGCUACAGUCGUCAGGAACAGUGUAUUGAUUAUAUCCCAUAUUACCUUUCGGGUUUGUCGCGUGCACAUUUUUGCCAACAACCUUUCUCGAAAUAGCUGUAUGUUGUCCACCUACAUCUCACAUAGAUUUUUGAGUUUCAGACCUGUGGUUUUUGCUGUUAUCUUGUGGAAGACAAGGCAGUUUGCCCCAUUUAAAAUAAAUUGGAAAUCAAGAAAAUUUUUGGAAAUAUUUCUGUUUAAUAUCUAUUUCAGACUAUGAUCCCUGAAUCAUCAAGCUAAGUUAAGGUUUCAGUUUAAUUGGACUGGUGAUACAAGUAACAAAAGACAUUAGUCAAGUAUACAUGUGUCUGCUCACUCACAUGAAAGGCUUAAUGCAGUUUGAGGCCAAAAAUUCAUAAAAUAAUGUUGACGAACUUUUCAUGAUGUUGACGCAAGGUAUUCAAUUUAGCUCAUAAAUCUUCAUCAUCUAAAUCUUGCCUAAGAUAUAGUAUAUACUUUGAUUAAAGUUCAAACUUUACUACACAGCACACCCUGUACACAUCCAAUUCAGUCUUUUAAUUAUUAUUAAUCUUUUGUCCAUACUGUAGCUCUCCUCUGAAUUGUCAAACAAAGGCUCUCUCCUGGUUCUUGAAGAAGGUCAAGUGUUCUACCCAAUCGUCACUCAAAACCCUUCUGGUAUGUUCACAUGCAAAGAUUUGUCAUUUUAUUUCAAGCUGUUGAGUUUGUGAUUUAUUUUACAAGUGUGGCUAUUUUUUUGGCAGAUGGCUCCAAAAUAACCGGUACCGGUAUACAGUCUUCACAACCUCACCAACGAGAAAAGUUCCUUGUCACAGUAACACCAUUUAAAGUCAGUUUAAGGUAGAUAUUUCACAGCCCAGUGCUAUUUGAUAUUUUGCAUUCUUAAAAAAGUUAAAGCUAUUGUAGUGAGGUUUAAAGUCAUUUUUUUUCCUCAUUUUAUUUGGAGUUAGAGUUCUUGUAUGUAGUUGAAGAUGUUUAAUUUCCUAUGUCAUGUUUUAUUCUGAAACUUUGUUUAAUAAAAUAUUCCCUACCUACCACUUGGAAGGUGGUGGAAGGAUGCAGUAAUGAUAUCAUAAUUUAUGCGAGCUAUCACUUUAAUCUUUUACACAGGAGAAUUCUCAAUCAGUCUUUGAAAAGACCAGUGAGCAUAGUAGGAAAUGAAAUGCAUUAUAUUACUAGCACUAUUGUAGACAAGAGACUCCUGCCUGUUAUUUUCGUGAGUAUAUAAUUUUCUGAAUUUGUAUAUUAAUGACAUUAGUUUUUGUAUUAUUGAAAAAUAAUGUCUAAAAAAUAUCUUUGAAGUAUUUUGAAUAUUAAAAUGUGGUUGAAUUGAGGCAAAUUUUGUCAGUUUGCUUACGUAUUGUAUUGAGAUUUGCAUAAUUGCAUAAUUUAUUGUUUCCUUUUCUGAAGGUGUUAUCCUUGAUUGUAAAUAUUCUCAGAAUAUUUCUUCUUGCAAAUGACUCAGGACACUGGAGUGAGUUGGUUCUUUUACUUCAGGUAAUAAAUUAUUUGUUACAGCUAGUUUAUAAUUUAUGAAUAUUUUAUUAAUUUUAAUUACAAAGAGUUCUCACAUUGUUUUUUUGUAGUUUCUUUCCUGUAGAUAUUCAUGGUUUUUUAAUGGAUUAUAUUGUGAUCAAAGUUAAGUGAAACCUUGUCAUUCAGACACCAAAGAGUCAGAACAAAGAACUUGCUGUUAUCUGAUCAACUCAAAGGUGUCAGGAUGUUGUAUUAUUUCUUAACUAUCUCUACAUGACCUCUAUCUGAGGCAGAUGUGACUGCAUCAGAAUUGUGGGCAAAUAAUAAUUAUUUGCCCACAUACUCUGCUGUGGGUAGCCUGUUCUAGGCAUUCAGAUGGUGUGAAGCGAGUUAAAAUGGCAAACGCAAAAGGAAAAUGAGGGUGAAAAAAGGAGGGUCUCCUCUCUCUUUUUUUUUUCUCUCUCUCUUCAAUUUUUCAUCUGUGCCCCACCAUCUGAAUGCCUGGAAUAGGACAUGCUGUAGAUUAGUUAAGGUUCAUUUGUAUGAAACCUAUGUGUGAUUUUUCAGGGUUAUGCUGUCUUGCCACUCCUACCCAUUUCUUUUCCCACUGUAUGGAUUGCCCUCAAUCUUUAUGGAGCAGCAAAAGUUAAAGUUCUGUUUCAAUUUCUUAAAAAAAAAGGAAAGGUGAGCACUCAACAAAUUUUAAACAGUUCUAAUUGUUUUGUGGAAAAUUAUAGGAAAAGUGAUGUUAAGAUAACCAGUAUACCUCAUUAGGUGAUAUUUGGGUCAUAAUAUAUUGUAAAAGCAAAACAGGCUGUAGAGAAACCAAAGUAAUGGUGUGACCAAGAUGGUAUCAGGAGGGAUCAUUAAGGCAAUAUUAAGUGUAUAAUGCACUGUUUUCAUUAAGAAUUCUAGUAGCAGGAGAAAGGUGUAACAUUACAGGAAAAUAUUGUGAAAGUGGCUCCAUGUGUGAAGAAAAAAUACUCAUAGGCUAAGUCCCUACGGCGGCCACAUUCAUCUUUGGUCCCUGGAAAAAGGGUUUUCCAGGGCAAGCAGUAUAAAUUAAAGUCAGUUCACCUUGGCAACCAGCAUCAUGUUCGCAAUGCAGCAAAGAUCAUGUGAAGUCACUAAGGCAACAUGAGUGAUAUGAAAUCAACAAUUAAGAUAACAAGAGUCAUGUGAAAUCACCAAAGCAACAAGAUCAAUAAGAGUGAUGAGAAGUCAACAAGAUUACAAGAGUCAUGUGAAGUAAACUAGGCAACAAGUGUCAUGUGAAGUUACCAACCUUUUUUUUUCAGCCAGCAGAUGAGUUAACUGUACAAGAAGUAUUGAAAUGUGCUUUGAAAAUAUUCCUGGGAGAUCCUUCAAGUCUACCAAGAACAGCAAAUCUUUUAGAAAUUCUAGGAAGCGUUACAGUGAGUUACACAUUUCUUUUAAAUAAUUAUAUUCUGGUUGUUUUGUUCAUAGCCGUUGAUUAAUGUAUUAUGGCCCACAAAGACAUUUUAUAUUUUGGCAUUUUGAGCUUUGUCAGUGGUUAACCCUAAUCACCUGACUAAUCUGUCUUGACUCAUGACUCAUUUGGCUCUAACAGCUUUCUCCCGAUUUACUAACAUUUAUAAAAGGACAUUUAUCUUUAUAAAUAAAGUGACCACAGAUCUCUGUAGUUUUGUAGAUAUGAUUUGAGUGGCUAGCAUUACUUAAGACUCUGUACAAACAUAUCAAUGUAAUAUGGCUUACUGCAUUACUAUAUAACAGGCCCAAAUUGUUCAAAAGGUGGAUAGCACUAUCCACCAUAUAAAUCUCUAUCCAGUUGAUAGUGCAUUGGUUUCCCUAAUUCUUAUCCACUGGACAGAGAUCUACCUGAUGGAUAGUGCUACCUAACCUAGGAUAAAUCAAAACUGAAAUCAAAUUUGACCUGUAUAAAUAUAUUAAUUUUUUUUUCACUUUCUACUUGAAGGUGUGGUGUUGUGUGGACAAAGAAGGGAUAUUGUCACUGCCAAAUCCUUGUGCAGAAAAAGUGUUCUUUCUAAAAAGUCGCAAACACAAGUUAAAAGAGGAGUUGGCAGGUAAAGCAAAGAGUAGAAAAGAAAGCACCUGCACAUGGACAAGUGAAGUAAGUAGACAGUCAUCAAGCCAGGAUGGACAAGAAUCUUCUGAUAAUGAUGACGAAGAUGAUGAUGAUGGUUAUGGUGACGAUGAUGACAUUUAUGUCAGUGAUUCUGAAACCACUGGUAAGUGUUUAUUGAUCAGUUCAGUUACUUUUCUGUCUUUGUCCUUUUUGUUUGUUUUGUGAAAAUAAACUCAAACAUGCAAUGAACACCUUUAAUACAAAACUGAUAUGUACAGUUAUAUACAAAAAAGGCUUUAUUUAAUUGAGCAACCUGAAAAAAGUCUGGUUUAAAUGGGCUUAACUUUUUUCACAUUAAACUUACAGGGAAUUUGUAAGAUAUAUUAAAUACAAGCAGUCUAAAGAAAUGUUAUUUUUCUUCAUUUUGUAUGAAUUUCAGGCAACAGCUGGAAUGAUUAUUAUUUUAAAUACAAGUGAUCUAAAGAAAUGUUAUUUUUCUUUAUUUUGUUUGAAUUUCAGGCAACAACUGGAAUGAUUAUUAUUUUAAAGGCCACAGAGAAGUGCUCAACUUGUCCUCUGAUCCUGAGGUAUUUCCAUUGGUAGUGUUGUCAUGAUUUUAAAACCGGUCUCGAUGAGCAUGUUGAGUUUGAUUGCUGGAUGUAUUUAGUUCUGAGUAUAUUGUGGAAGUACCGGUAUGUUCAUUUUCCUUAGUUUGAAAGGCUGAACUUUUAAUUGUUAAAACAAAAAGUAGCCUACGUAGCAGCCGCCGAAAGGGGUAGGGGACAGGGAAAAAGGGAAAAAGGGAGGGGGGUAGGUUCGAGAGGGGAAGGGACGCAGUGCUAUAAGAACCCCCUUUUAUUCAUUUCUGCGGACGCUGACGUCCGCAAAUUCCUGAUUGGCUGAGCCGUAAUGAGUAACUUAUUGGCGUGUAUCCUGGCGUGUAUUAGUGUGAGAGACAAACAUGACGAAGGCAUCAAGAAAAUGUGUUCUACUGGCAUAAGCUUUGGAAGAUGAAAAUUAAUCCAAUCAUGUAGCAACUUCACGUUAAAGCCCGAACUAAAACCAACUGUAAUAGCUUGUUUUGAAGGAAGAGAUGCUCAGGAGGUUUUGUAUACUGGAUUUGUCCAUACACCGAGCAGCGUUUCAAAGUGAUUGCGAUUCUUGCCAGACAUCUGCAAUGCCGAUAUUCAAAAGACCUCCUUUUCCGCAAAAACAUAUACCGUCUUGAAUGGAGUUUUAAAUGGUUUGCAAAGAGAGAGCUGAAGCUUUGGUAAAAACUAUCCGUUGAGCAUUUUGACAUUUGUUUAUAAUUCUCCUUUACUUUCAUUAUUCGCGUCUCAGGCUGGCCAGUGUUCUGUUCUUUGUGACCAUCACGGUGCUUGAUGAGGUUGUAAGAUAAAAGGUCUUGUGUAUUCACACGAAACUGAUCAUUGUUUGUCGUAGACUGCGAGCAGUAAAAAAAUGAGAGACUGCUCGUAGUCUAUUUUUGUCGUGUUUGCUGCGGGAGCAAGAACAGUAAAAAUGUUUCAUUUCGCUUGAUUAUGAUAUCACUUGAAAAAAGCAUCUCAACUUAACAAUUUCCGGUAAGUGAAGUAAUUAAGUUCGGACCAUGCUGAGAAGCCCCGUACUUGUGAUUGGUCACGUAUUGACAGUGACAUUAUCGUAUUAGUUGAGAAAAUGGUGGGCGGAUUACAAAAACACCGGCUCUUAUAGCAGGCGCUCCCUUCCAUUUCCCCUCUUUCGUGCUUUUCUCCCUCCCCUUUUUGCGCCUGCCAUGCAGGCUAAACAAAAAGACCCUAUAAAGAAUCACAGUCUGUUGCCAUUAGGCCUUGAAGCCUAGUCUAUAAAGCAGCAGUGAACAAUCUCAUAAUUGUAGAGGUCAGUUCUUAGUGUUUUAAGCCUUAAUUGAAGACUUGAUUACCAGCUGUUUUGUGUACCCACAUUCUUUCAUGCACUGUUUGAAGGAAGUUGCCUCAAGCAGCUGCAAUAUUAUUGAAACCUACUAUAGCAUGGAAAAAGAUUAACAAAACUACAUUUAUUAGAUAAUGACUUUGUUAUGUGUUAAACUCAAGUUCAUUGCACCACUUUUUCCCUAUUUCCACUUCAAGACUUUUAUUACAUUCAGGACUUUUUUGCACUGAAUUCUAGAGUCAAUUUGGACUGAGGUUUGAUGAUGCCAGGUGGGAGAAUCAUAUUAACUCUCUUAAACCACUGGUGAGGACUUACUAACAAAAAUUUUUGAUCACCUAGUUGUGUGAAUAUACAAUUUAUGUAGUCUGUCAGUAGUGUCACACAGUGAAGGGCAAUCCUAACACUAAAUGCAUGUUAUCUUUCAACACUGAAACAGCAAAAUGACUAACAAUGCGUUUGAUUGAUACUAUUCUGGAAUAAGAAUAUGCAAAAGUUUUAUAUAAAUCUCUUCUACUGUGACGUUUGAACCAUUUAAAAUAUAGCAUAGAUCAGCAGUGUGCAAAGAAUUUAGUGUCCGGUAGCCUCAAGGCUAGUGGAUAUUGCUGUCAGGUUAGUGAAUUCUGUUCUCAUUACUUGCCCAAUGGGAAAGUGAAGUUUUUGGGGGUAUUCAAAUAUUAAUACCCGUAACAUAAGAACUGUAAUCAAUCCUGUUCAUCAAUUUUGUUGGGGGGCUAGCUGAUGAAAUGACAACAGGGUUAGCUUCCUUUCUUUGCACCCUGAUCAGAAUAUUCAAGCAGUUUUGUAGAUUUUGAAAUACAAUGAAGCCCAAUCAAGUAAUUUAACAUUCUAGAGUUUAUUCCAUUUAUUGCUAUUCUAGAAUACUGUCAACCAAACUUGCUCUACUAAUCUAAGAGAAUGGCAUAGGACAACUUCAAUGUACUGUUUUCUGGCCGAGGGACAUCACUGUUACGUCUUCUAUAACAAUAAUUAAUUGGCAUGACAAGCCUGUAACCUGUGCAAGAUGUGUAAGAACUUUUUUAGUGUGAUUACCCAACACUGUCCGGGGUGUCCAGGGGUACGUAGGAGGGAAAUAAUAUUGUUGACGUUCAUGUAUGAAAGACAAAGUACCUCAAAUGUUUCGACCAGGAUUGUUAUUGCACAGAGAAAAUCUUACAAAUCAGACAGACUAAUUUUUGUAAAAAAAUUAUUAUAAGGGACAGAACAAAUCGCUGUACAGACUGAAAGUUAUAUGUAUUUCUUACUGUAACAAGACAAUCUUGUUGAUUUAGUUGAUAAAAAGUUUUUUUGUCUCCAGGGCCUAAACAUUCUCCUUAACUCCUGCUGUAAGUGUCCUGUGCGAUGUCUCCGGUUUGCAGAUCAUACUGGUCUGUUGUCUCUUUCCUACAAUCCAGUUCCCUUGCCUUGUUAUAGAAGGUAUCAGCACUUUUAUAUGUUAUGUCCUUUGUAACAGCUUUCCAGAAAAUAAUUUGAUAUUUCAGUGAAGGGUAAAAUAAGUAUGUGUAAUCAAAUGGUGACAAGUGAAAUUAUGGAAUAAUUUCUCACUUUUUUGUCAUCAAAAAUUUUGGACAAAACUUAAAUGAAAUAUUCCCUAAUUUGACGAGUAUACCUUUUGAUUACCUAUUAAUAUCCCAGUCAUGGGUUUUUUUAUUUGUUUAUUGUACCAGGAACCUCACAAACUGAAAAGUUUUUGCCAAAUUUCACAAUUAUCUGAAUUUUUCUGCAAACUACCUGUUGGAAUCCUUUCACAUGUGCUCUCUAGCCUGCAUGCUGACAUCUCCUAUUUUCUUUGCUUUCUCAUCUGUUCAGGUUUUUAGUGUCUUUUAAUGCCUCAACAUCUUCAUUCACAACAUUUUAAAACCUUGACUCCAUCUUGGCACAGUAGGUUGCAGAUUUUUAAUUUCACAUGUUAAGUUAUAAAUUAAUGCUGAACUUUUGCACCAAGGUUAAGGAGUAUAGUUUGUCACCUAUGAUAUGAAAUUGAUAAAGCAGGCGCUAAUGUUGGAUUUGAUGGUACUGGGUAUUUCAGGUGUUUGUGUCUGCUUGGCAAGGAGAUAGGUUUUAUGGAGCGUGCUCUUGAUCUCUUUAUAAAACAGAAGUACAUUUUUGCAGUUCAGUCGCCAGUGGUAAGUUGUUAGUCAUCCGUAUAACUAAACACCAGAUUUGCUACAGUAUUUCUUGUCAUUUUCAAAUCCUACAUCUGCUUAAUAUUAUCUCAUUUUUACAUUAUCUGUAUCAAUUUUAUAGGUAAACUAUCAUUUAUAGACUUUUGGGAAUAGACAAAAGGAUAAAAAAUUGAUGCAUUUUUGCCAUAAAUAUUUAUAAUUUUUAUGUAUGAUAAACAGACAGAGUCCCUAUCCAACAAAUCUCUCUAAUGUAAGUCUGAGCCCUUCUUCAUUAUGGUAGUUGAGACAGAAUCCAUUAGGAAAUUGGAGACAAACCUUGUACCAGAAUAGUUUAAACCAUGUCACAUUCUUUUUUACACUUUUCAAGGGCUGUAGAUAUGUUAGCCAUCUGUAAUAACACCAAAGACAAUUCCUCGCUGGAGCCCAAGAAAAUAGAUUUCAAAUUCCACAGAAAUAGUGAAAACACAAGUAUUUUGAAACUAUUUUAUUUUCUCGAGUUCCCAUAAGAAAUUUUCCUUGGUGUUAUUACAAAUAACUAAUCAUGUCUAUAGCCCUUGAAAAAUGUAAAAAAUAAUGCAAUAUGCUUUAAACUUGUCCACUGAAAAUUAAUCAACAGAGAGACAAUGACGUUAGUCCAGUUAUGAUCUCAUCAGUGUUUAACUGUGGAUAAAUAAUAAUUAUGUUGUCUAGAUAGUGUUAAUUCAAAAAAUGACAUUUUGAAAACUUCAAACGAUAAUAUUACAUUCUGCACUUCUACUUGUACCAGCAGACCUAGGUAAUCUGGAAGAAGAAAUGAUAAUUUUGGUUGACUUGUGUGGCUGUUGAGUGGUUUCUUCUUCUUUUCAGAAUUCCACUUUCAGAUUUCCCAUCCACUCCCAUUCAUUUUUAUCUGUAUCAAAAGAGAAGCCCAUACCAAACAUGAUCUGUCUGGUUGCUAAGGAAAAACGAACAGGUAGGUCACAUUAUCAGGAAUACUGAUGGUUUUUCUUUAAAAAAAAAAAAUAACCAGUACUCAACGCUCCUACUACACGUACAUUGUUCAAGGCAUUUUUGGAGGAAUCAAAGCAUCAUCCCAGCUGGUUUCAAAAUAAUUUCAGAAUUAUUGUAUUCUUUUUCACAUUUUUCCAGGCCUAAAGAUGUAAUUUAUCAUCUGUAAUAACACCAAAGAAAAUUUCUCAUGGGAGUCCUUGAAAGUGAAUGUCAAAUUUCACAAGAAUUGUGAAAACACAGGUAAAGUUGUGAAAAUUUCAUGCGGAAGAUGUAAUUUUGUGAACUUUGACGUUCAUUUUCUAGGGCUCCCAUAAGAAAUUUUCUUUGGUAUUAUUACAGAUGACUAAUUACAGCCCUUGAAUAAUGUAAAAAGAAAUGCAAUAUACUUUAAAUUAUUCUGGUACAAGGUUUUUGUCCACUAAAAUUUCCUGGCAGAUUCCGUCUUAAAGUGUUGAGGCAAGCAAAUUCCCACAUUCUUCCCUCCCUCCUUCCCCCAUCUCCUUCUCACUCUUUCUUACUUCAAGGGGGCGGGAUGGGGGGGGGGGAGGAAAAGUUGUUGGUUGAGUCCUUUCUAAAAUCCGUAAAUCAUGUUUUGAUGGUAAUUUUUUGAGAAAAAUCUAUGCAUCUUCAAUCUGCUUUGUAGGGUCUCUUCAACUUCUUACUCAAGGAUCAGCAGAUGUUGUUCUGGAAGCAUGUACAGAUUACUGGGAUGGUAAAAGUCUGUGUCCUGUAACAGCAUCUGAGAGGUACGUUUACGUAAGAACUUAAUAAUGGUCAGGUUAUUCAGUUCAUUAGAUAGUUAUUCUCUAAGCUGUUAGUAAUUCUAUGUUUACCCUAACUGUAAAGUUAUUGCAAGCUGGGAUGGUGGCAAUAACAACAGCUCUGUGCAAAAUGAGACAGAGGGAAUGCUUUCUGUUCAAUAAAAAUUCCAGUUUGAAAUUUUGGGAACUCCACGUGCCCAAUGAAAUGGUAAGUUCCAGAUACACUGACCAGAACCCAAGCCACCGCACAUCUGGGUAUUGUUCUUGUAAGCAGGAUGCAAAAGAGCAGUACUGGGAACAACAAUUUUGUCAAAUAGAAAGGGACAUUUCGGUCUGAGCGACCGAAAUGAGUGGACUGGUCAAAGUUGACCACCUUCAAAGGUGGUCCCAAAUAGUCCGGUCGUACUGAACCAAAUUUGAUUUCUAACUGAAAUUUCCCGAAUUUUGGGGGCUGAAUAGAAAGCUCCUAGUAUCUCACAUUCCUGGUAUUGAUCUCAACCUACUAUGGGGUCAAUACGCAUGCAGGGGACUAUUUUACAUCUCCAUCACCUUUAAGCUUUAAUACUGUAAAAUUCUGAAAAUAAGCCCCUCCAUGUAUACUUAAAGCCCCUCCAAAUACAAGCCCCCCUAACCAGUAACGCAAAAACCCCCUGGUUAAAUCGCCCCUCCAAAUAUAUGCCCCCCUGGGAGCUUUACUUGGAAAAUUGCCCUCAAAUAGUCCCUCAAAUACAAAGUAAAUCAAAGUAAAAACGGUAAAUUUACUUCCAACUAUAAGGCUAGCUCAAUUUUGAAACACAAAUUUCCAUCUGUAGAUAAGCUCCUCCGAAUAUAAGCCCCUCCAAAAAUAAGCUCCUCAAAAAGGGCCUUUGAAAAAUAUAAGCCCCGGGGCUUAUUUUCAGAAUUUUAUGGUAUGUUCUUAAAUUCAGUAAGAAGAAUUUUUCACUUAGUCUGUAGUUUAAGUUCAUUUCUCUUUUUUCUAUCAUUUUUAGAAAGAAAGUAUUGGACUUUUAUCAGAGGAACAGCAUGUCAGCAAACUGUGUGGCAUUUGCUUAUCGUCCUGUCAGUCAGGUAAUAAAUAACUUGUCAGUGAAUUACUAUCAUAAUGGCUAUCGCAUUUUCUUGCCGUAAUGAUGCUGGUUCACGCACAUGCACUACUUGUAGGGAGAAAAUCUCGUUCUCAUAAUCAUCCUCAUCUUAAUGUUUAGAAUCUCAAGCUCUCUAUUACUUACAUGUAAACUGAGUAAUAGUAAAUCUUACGUUGGAACGUCUACUCCUAUUUGCAUUUAAAUUGUCAUGUUUUGGCAUCAUACCUUGACUGAAAACAACAAAGGUGGUUACAUCGAUAUUUUGUUAUAUGAUAAUCUUGUUUUUUCUCCAAAAUUUCCUUAUUUGUUCUGACAGAUACCAGAUGAAAACAGCAGUGAUGUGUACUUAGAGCUGCCAUCUACAACUCGAUGGUUAUCGUUUAGUGAUAAUGAUGAUAUAGAAAGGUGCAAAUGAUUUUUAUUAAAGUCACUCUCAAUGUGUUUGUGUAUUGUGUGACAAUAUUAAGACUAGCUGGUCGCAUAUGGGCCUUCUUGCAUUGAGAAUUUUGAGAAGUCAAAAGAACUUUUAAUUAUUCCUUGGAUAUUCAAUAAUUUUUUUGUUGAUAACCAUUCAGUUUGAAGCUGAAGUCAGUAUGUUGAUCCAUUGAUUGUUUCUUUAUCAGUGCCUCUGAAGUCUCAGAAGAAGAAGCUGAAGAUAAAUUUGAUGAGACCACUGUUUUUGUAAGUGUAUAAAAAUGCCAUUUGCACAAUGUUUUCUAAUUUAUUCUCUACGAAUGGCAAAGCCUUAUCUCUUUCUUAGAAAAUUGUUUAGUAAGUUGAACCAUAUUUUUUCUCAUAAAAAAGCAAACAAACAAAUUAAACAAGUCAGCAUCAGUAACAGUUUUUCAACAUGUUCAUACAUUCCUAUUGUAAGUUAACAAUUUAACAAAGUGUACAUGCAGGAUCACAACCCUUCAUAUGGUUAAGAAAACCUGAUUUUAUAAAAAAAGCCGGUGGGGUUUGAACCAGCCCAGUUUUAGAGAGUUUGAAAAACCCUUUGAAAAUCAUAACUUUCAGAUUUCAUCCAACUCAUCAAGCUAUUAAUGCAAACAGUUGAUGCAGAUUUUAGUGGACAGAAUAUAUCUGUAUUUUGUAAACAUCAGUCUUUUGCAAAUCUUUUGAUGGGAAUUAACAGCUCAGUGCACACAGCUGAAGAUGGCUGUGACCAAUUGAAAAAAUCAAACAACUUUUAAUGCCCUUAUGCUUCUUAACCUCUUCUUUGUUUAAAAACAAUGUUUCAAUAAUUAUUUCUACAUUAUAGUUUCAACAUUCAAAUUUAUCAAACAAUUGCUUUAACAGUUUGAUAAGUUAAUUUCUUUGUGUCUUGACUGUCUGUCAUAAAAUCAUAAUUAAAUGACAGAUCUUAUUACAUCUUCAAUGGUGUUUUGUUAGAGAACCUAUCAAUAAAUGAUGUCUUUGUGCUUGGUGACAGACAAUGCCUUCUGAACUGAAUGCAGAAGAAUCAGCAGCAUCCCUCUUAGACAGAGUGAACGUUGUGGAGAAUGCAGAGGAAUAUCAGAGGUAUUUAGUUUGAAUCAUUUUUUUUAAUCAUUGGUCUUCUAACAUGUAUUUGCCCAAAUUCAUUUCAAGUAAUUCACAUUUUUUGCUUUUGCAGCAUUCUUGGUGGACAAAUCUUCAUUGGAGUGGUGACACUACAGUUUAAAGCUAAAAAGGUGCAAAUGUAUUGACUGCUUGAAUCAUUCAGCCAUGUAUAUGGCUUACAGCAGUAAGAACCAUCUUCCUGAUUUUAAGUAGAAUUUUUAUGAUUGAUCUAAGCUCUGUUUUGGUGCAGAGAGCUCAAACUAGGUGAAUUAAUUCCUACAUUUUGAAUUCUGAGUUUGGAUUAUGAAAUCUUGUCUCCUUUGGCUUACACUUGAUUUUUAUUCUUACAGGACAUUCUUCCACUCAUUGAAGAUCUAAAUAAUGCUGGGAUCCGAUUUGUUUAUUUUUCAGCUGAAAAUGAAAUGAGAAGCAGGGUAAGGGCCAGACUCUGUUCUGGAUUGUGUAGGCAUUUGUUCAAUUUUGGACUGACAGUAAACCCCUACACAUCGUAAGAGAAACAGUUAGUUUUGUUUCCCAACAAUUAUUUUAGUGUUUCUGAGGCAGAAUGAAGUAAAACAUUAAGAUUUGAUAACUACUUUAUUGCACUUUUAAUUUAUGCAUGCAAAUUAAUGAAAAUCUCAGCAAGAAUUCAACAUUUUUACAGGAAAGAGGUAAAAAGGCACCAGUGUUGCCCUCUGACAUCAUAGAUUUUCAGUAUUGUUGACUCUGAGACUUUUGACAGGAAACAGUUUCAUCAUUAGAUGCCAUGUGACCUCAGAGUAACCAAUGCCGACAGCAUGCACUGUUGGAGCCAAAAUUCCUGCAAAAUGACUAUGAUAUAAUUCAUGUUUAGGUUUUUGCAGAGCGCAUGGGCCUGGAAACAGGCUGGAAUUGUCACAUUUCUUUAAGAGAGGGUGGUCAACUAAUUGAGGACCGAGGCAGCAGUGCAACAGUAUCAGAAAGAAAUGCAGAGAGUCUCUUUGAUACUCAAGAUGACAUAAAUGUGGCUGGACAAGAAGGCGAUGAAAAACAUGUCAGUUGGUGGGGAGUUCGUAGUGAUGAAUCGCCUGAAAAAGGUAUUGUCACUAGCGCUUUAAAUGUGCACAUCAUGUUUCUGGGAAUCAUUUUUUAAGAUUUAAUUUAACUUUCAUGGUCAUAAGUUAACCACCUCUUGCAAGUGGUAACCCAUUGAAAAUGCCAAAAUCAGUUUUUUCAGUCAAAGUGAUGUAAUUUUGAAAGUGGGUUCCUCAUAGGUGACCAACUGAUGUAAGUAACCACUAAAUCCUGGCAUUUUUGGACAGUAACUUGAAGGAGGUUUUUAUUGUACAUGUAGUUGGUAUUUAAUUUCAAUGUGACUGGUUGUCCAGUAUUGGAAUCACCUAGUUAAAACAACAGUGUAAGGUACAUGUAGAGUAAAGUAUUAACAAGGUGAUGAUGUCAUUCAUCAGUGUACUCUGUCAAUACAAAUUACUUGUUAUUUACAUCCAAUUUAGUAGUUAUAAGAAAUGCAUACACAGAUUGUCUAGUUCUCUAAAGCAGCAUUGAGCUAAAACAAUGUGCUUGGACAAACAGCAAGGCAAAUGCCCUGUGGUUUAACCAACAAAGACAAUUACAGUCAAACCUCUCCAAGAGCACCUUGGAGACAUGAGGUACAACUGCGAGUCAUAGGGAAUUGAAGUGACCAGUGUAGAGAGAUUUUAAAACAAGGAAGUGAAUAUAUCUGCUGGGCCUUUAGUAUAGAUUAUUAUUUAUAUUAAUUUUGAUAAUAAUGUCUCCUUGCUAUUGAACAGUUCCUAAUAAGGCUGAAGCCACAGAGGAAGUGGAUCCCUUACUUGAAAGCCACAGUGAUGGAGGUACUCUGUUGAGUAGUAGUCAAAUAUCAGCACCUGAGGAUUACUGGUUCUUUGCAAACAGGGUAAUGAUACAGUAUUCCAAGUAAUCAAUGUGUACUUGUCUAGUAGUAGAUUUGCUAUGGUAUGGCUCUAGUAUGGCUGUUGUAGCUUGGAAGGACUUGGGUGACUAUGUGGUCUCCUACCAAAACUCAAAAUGGUUCUGUCACUCUUUGUAUGCAAUGUCACAACACUAAAAUAAUGUAAACUAACUAGGACUAGUUUUGGGUGGAUUAAUCUCUUCCAUGAGGUGUCCAUAUACUUUAGUGGGUGUCCAUAUACUUAAGUGUGUGUCCAUUAAACGGGGUUUGACUGUAUGUCAAACAGGUCACUUUGCCGUACCAGAAAACAAGGCUAUGGCAGGAAAGCCGUACUUCAACGCUAUUUAUCAUGCUUGAAUUUUUGCCAACAUUCUGCAAGCAGACACCUACAAAAUCACCUAGGGUGUCCACUUAGGAGGGCUUAGACUUUACUUUGAUUGCUGGGUUGAAAGAAUUGGGCGAAGAGUUGAUCUUGUUGUUAAUCCUUCUGAACUAUCAUUACUUUUACUCUUACUACAGUUUCUCUGUGAAAAUUGGUGAAAUGAUCAGUCAUUGCACAAGAGAUCUCACCAUUUUAGGGGUAUUAAAAGUUUACUGACCAAAACAACCUUAUGGUUGCGACUACAAACUCUCUUUAGGGAUCUCCUGACUCCACGUCUAGUUAAGAUUGGCUCUGUUAAAGUUAGGUACACCUGGUACCAACAAAGUAUUAAUUAUCAUUUUUGUGACAGGCUAAACUUCCUAGAGGGGUGCAAAAUAUCAGACCUCACCUGGAGAAUGUAGAUAACGUUCCUCUUCUUGUUCCAUUGUUUACUGAUUGUUCACCAGCUGGUAAGAAAAUAUCAUGAUUCAGAUUGUAAUAAAGAAUUAUUUGUAUCUCUUUGUCUGUUAAGUAACAUAAUGAUUACAAAUAAAAUAAUUGUGCUUAUUAAAAAUAAGAUAAUUAUUAUUACACACCAUUAUUUUUUCGAAAGUACUAGGUAAAAUUAAGGUUGUCAUUUGUUAUUGUAGUUAUUUUUAAAAUCAAAUUCUGCUCUCAAGACAAGUUUGACAUGGUUAAAGAAAUGAUUAAUAAUAAAUAAUACAUUGGCCUUUUAUAUUUUUUGGCAGCUGUUCAAGAGAUGAUCUCUAUAAUGCAAGAUUAUGGAGAAGUUGUUUGUUGUGUUGGAAGUUCAUUUAAUUCAGUUAACCCUGCUAUAUUUAUCCAAGCAGAUCUUAGGUAAGAAGAAGCCAAAUUGUUUCACCAAAUAAUUAUUUUAAUAAAAUUUUUAAGUUUAAUUUAACCCUAUUUUCAUUAAAAGUAGAUUUGAUGGCUGCAGAGGGCCUCCAAAUUAUUUUUCUUUUCAGAAGGGGCAUAAAUUAUUUUGUUUUUUCAUGUCCAACCAGGUCGCUGUCUUAGACCCUGUUUAUGUGGAGAAAACCUGUCCCGGGUCCAAAGGUCACCCGCUCAGUCGAUUCUACUUUAGUGAGCAUUAAUAUGAAAAAAAGUUGACCCCUUUGUCCAAGCCAACAGCUCUAGCAGAAGCUCUGAUUGUCUAAAACAGUGCUCGCGCAUGCUCUGAUUGUUUCGUCUUGACCAAAUUGACCUGGCUGGGCGAGCCAAAUUGUUCACAAGGAGAAAAGUUGGCCAGGCUAGGAGGGUGACCCUUCAAGCAAAGUCAACUUUUUGUCUUCCAUGUUCGACACAUUUUGUUAGGAAGUGAAUGAAAAGUUGGCCACUCACCCAGGGUAGCUUGUGUAGGUGGUUGACCCUUUUAACCUGGGAACUUUUUCACAUGUAAUAAAUUAGGGCCUUAAUUGGACAAACCAGAUAAAAUUGUUCAGUGGAAAUAUUAUAUAUUAGGUUGACUUUUGAUUUCUUUUAUUACUUAAUUCCAAUUUUUAGCUGCAAUAUGAUAGUCUUUAUGGGCAAAUUUUCGUAAGUCACUGCCUGAUGACUGACUGUUAUUUACAGCUCUGUGCAGCAUUGUUGGGGCUUUUAAUUAACCCUUUAAGCCCCAAUAUCCACAUACAAAUUCUCCAAACUGAUCUCUAUACAUUUCCUUUAAGAAUUAGUUAAGAGAAUUUGAUAAAAGAUCAAAGUAUUAUCUCUUAAGUGAUCAUUUUAUUAAUUCUCAUAACCUAAUCUCAUGAUAAUGUAUGAAUAUCGUUAGGAGAAAAUUGUUGUUGGACACUAUUGGGACUUAAAGGGUUAACUAAGUAGAAUCAUGUUUAAAAAGGAAAAAUCAUUGCUGGCAAUGGAACUGCAAAUAUUUUCACUACAUUAGAGCCACUGAGUUAUUUGUGUUUAUUUCUUCCUAAUUGCUAUUUUUUUCCUUAUGGACCCUGGAAGAGAGAUUGCUAAAUAAUGGUUCCUUGAGAACAAUUCACAUUCUUUCCUAUUCGAUUUUAAAAGCUGUGUUGAAAGGAUCAAAAUAUAUUAAUCAAGUAUUUGAAUGUAUGCAUGUAUAUAUUAACUGUGUUCCUACUAUCCCUUGAGGUCCUUGCAGGAUUUAUCUCCUGAAAAUCAGCUUAUACUGAUAGUCAAGAUAUAAGUAUGUCAGUGUAGUUGUUAUUGUGGCAUUUUUUUCUUCAAGUCUUAUAUUAAAAACUAUUAUUUUUUGCAUUGGUUUUUCAGUAUUGCAGUGGAACCCUUAUUUCCGCAGCUCUGUUUAAAAGGUCUGCCCAAAGACUUUAGAUCAGGAACUCCUCGACUUGGUCAUGAAAGUGCUAGAGAAAAAAUGCAUCGAAGCCUAAGCGAGGAACAGUCGACUGAGGAAGAGAAUGGUAUGAAUUCAAAUUGAUUCAUAAACGAAUUUUAAAAUCAGACUUUAGAUGUCAUAUUUCUAUCUAAAAUUAUUUAAUUGAAUAAAGUUUCAUCAGAUUAUACUGCCAUUAAAAUUAUACCAUCCUACUCAUUUGUUACUUUAGCAGUAAAAGUACUCUUUCCUGGGGUGGAGAAAAAUAAUUUCUAAGUAAUUUAAGUGAAUGUCAAAAUUAGACGUGUGACCUUAAGUACUUCCAAACCGUCAAAUAUAGGCAUUGAAAAACUGCAAUCAAGUUGCCCUUUUGUUGCCCUUUUUUUCAAAUUACUCUUAUUAGUAUUAUUUUAAAUCAUGAGUCUCCAAUCACCUUUGAUUGAAGUAAACAAGCCAUUAUUGUUUUUAUUUAUCUUAUUUUCAGAGCUGUCGCCACUAGAGUUGAGUGUCUUCCUUAAUGCCCUACCUUGCUCAUUGGCAUUCCACAGAGAUGCCAGCUUUGAUUUUAAGGUUUUAAUCAAGGAGGUCAGUUCCCUUUUAUUCUUGUAUUUUUUUUUUGUUUGAUAUUUGUAAUACUCCGUAGGUUACCAGACAUCUGUGGAAGGUUAAAGUAUGAGUGAUGGUACUAAGAAAUUGGUACAUAGGCUAACAAAAAAAUGGUAAAUGUGUCAAAAAGUAUGAAAAUUGAAGGUCUUUUUUAAGGCCAUGCAUCACAUGAAAUGCAGAAAAGUUGCAGUUGAAAAGACCUCUUAGGCUGCAAUUGGUGUAAAAAUUGUUGAGACAUCAUACCCAAAUGAGGAACUUCAGAGAAUAAAAGAAUCCACACCCCUCUCCCCUCCUCUCCAUUCAAAGUUGGAGUGUUUGUUGUUUUCUAUAGGUAGCUCGAACAGCAGCACAACAUUGCUUGAAGGGGAUAGGGGAGGAGAAGCUUUAUUUUCCCCAUUUGAAGGCAGUAAAAUGUCAGAAAGUCCCUUUAGGGUGAAGUGUCUCAACAAAUUUUGUUGCCGAUUGUAAUUUCAUAUUCUAAGAACACUUGCUAGUCAAAAUCUGAAUGAACUGUCAAGCUUAAAUGGUGGAAACGUUUGUAUUUAGUUAUGUAUUACUAAAGAAUCAACAUUGAUUGCACUUUCAAUUUUCUUUCAACAUGAAAGUCAAGCUUAGCUUAUAUAGUAUGUAGGAGACGCUGUCUGAUAUCUGUCUGUCAAGCGCACUGUUGUACACUUUUAAGUCUUACCAUAAAAUAAAUGUCACUAAUUAAAAUAAAUAUUACUGUUUACAUUGCAGGCACGUCACCUAUGCUUUGGACUCAUGAACUGCUUCUCCUUCAUGCUCUCAUGUCAGCUGGUACUUUCUGCCGUCAUGCUUCUAUCGUCAUUCCUCCUCCUCCCUCCUCCCUUGACAGGGCUCCAUAUUUUAUGGCUGACAUGCCUGACAGUACCCCUGUUGAGUCUGUCUUUGAUUGGUUCCACGGCUGAUCAGGAUCUUAUGACAAUGAUCACAGGAAAAAAUGACAAAAACUUCAAGGUAAAUUUGUGCAAUUAGCACGUACAUGGGAAUAAAUGGUAAGCUCUCCUGGGGAAAUCAGGCCUUCAGAGCAUCUUGCCUAGUUCUUGUACAGGGUCUUCCAGACCUUCUCUGUCAAUACAUUUCGCUGAUGUAUCCAAGACAAAUGGGUAAAAAACUUGCUCACACCACAUGACCCAAAAUGCAUAGACCAUGAAGAAUAAUGAGGGCUAGGGACUAGGCAACAGGGUGUCCUGGUGAGCUUGCUUGCAGGAAUGUUCCCAAACAAACUCUGCAGAUGGCCUGGUAUGUAAAAUCUUUACCCUUUUUUGUUUCUGGUACAUUUUGUACUGUUAGGAAUUUUUAUGUUCCAAGGCAAAUUUUCUGUAUCAGCAGUGUGCAAAGAAAGUCAUUUUUACAGCUUGACUUUUGGGUAAGAUAAAGCUGGUAUUAAUUGCUAGCCAUUUCAACAGUAGCCCCAAAAACGUUUUGAUGAGCAGAAUUGAUUUCACAGUUUUUCUGUAAUUUGAAUUCCUCAUAAAACUUCACUUGCCCCUCAGGCAAGUUAAAAACAGAAUUCACUAACCCGAUAGCAAAAUCCACUAGCCCUGGUUAUUCGACACUACUUUCUUUGCACACUGAUUAGCCAUUUAUUCCACCCAUGUCAAUUUAAGUACGCCUGUGCAUGAUUUUAUAUAAAUCUCUACUGAUUUAACCAAUUAGGAGUGGACAGGUAUUUCUUUGUUCCCUUUCAGGAUAUCACAUACAGAGUUUGCAUUUUGUUCCUUGUGUGCUUCUUUCCUUCUGUUUGUGUAUGCUGCCUGGUUCUUUUUCCACUAAAUCUACGUGAUAUUUGCCGUUCUUUAAACAAGAAAUCCAGUGACUGUCAUUACCUACUAGGAUACAGGUAAGAUUAAAUCGUGAGGCUUUUUUAAAGCAUAAUUUCAGAAAGCUGGUUUGGUUUUCUUAGGCCCUUUUAGCGUAGCAUUCUGUAGCUAGCUAAGCCAUAUCAUCAAGGUUCCUCAGCUUAAUCAUUAACAUAAACACGUGCACCUCUGGUGGAAUCCCCCUUGAAAAAUUUAUGAAUGAAAAGAACAAGUGAUCUUAAAUCUUUGUUUAUUUCACCUUAUGAAAGGCAUUUACACGAGUGUAUGUAAGUAGGAGAACAAAGUAACUGAUAAAUAAAAUAAUCAUAAAAGACAAUAAGUUCAUGAUCAUUUGUGUACAGAGUCCAAAGUAGCAAGAGCUUUCUUGUCGGACACCGUCAUGUUCAGGUAAUCGGCAGCAGCAAAGAGAGGAAAUAAAAUAUUUAACAAUAAGAAUAAUUAUUAUUCCUUGAGCCCGAAUGGGCUCUGAGUCAAUAGCCCAUGAGGCCGAAGGCCAAAUGGGCUAUUGACUCAGAGGCCAUGAGAGCAAGAGAAAUAAGUUGGUAAAAAAUAUUGAGGAGAAAAAAAUUUUAGCUAGUUAAAGCUAGACUUUUUGCUGCCAAAAAGCCCGCGCUUUUCACUACUAGGGGGCUAUAACAUAUAGCCUAGUAGUAGCUCAACCAAUGAAAACGCAGCACUGAUAACAGACCACUAGUUGGAUUUUACUAAUAAAUAAUAUCAGUGAUACAACAUAUAAGCAAGGUUAAGAUCAGAUUUGAUUGAUUAGAAGAUAGGACAGCCAGAAACAGGUACUCAAAGACAACAGUGGUAGAGGGUAUAAUAAUUUAUACUAAAUUCACCAAAAAAUACAUUACUUUAGUUUAUAGUCACAUAGUUUUGCUUGUAAGGUGAGCAGGUUUAUGAGAUGUUGAAAGUAAGUGCAUUAAUUUACAGAAUGUUACAAGCGGUAUGAUGCUCCACCGCCCACUUCCUAUCUCAUUUAUAAAUAAUUAACAUGCAAUGAGUAGUGGGAAUUGUUUUCAUUUAACCUAAAGGAAUAGCAGUGAAGUCUGGAAUGGUCUGGGGCAGAGUCACAUUCAAGCACUGGCUUUAGCUCAAGAUAUCAACACGUUUUUUCUUGUUCUUCUUUUUGGUAAGUCAAGGUGUAAUGCCAAGGCAAGCAUUGAUUAUUCUUGGUCAAGUCUAAAUUUGUUCUGUUUUUUUUUUUUUUUUUUUCAAUCAGUAAACAUACACUUUUUUUCCAAGCCUUAGGUUAGUCAUUUGACUGUGAGAAUCACAUGUACUUUCAUUUAUUUCAGCAGAUGUUCACAUUACCAAUUUUUUAAAUACAUUCAUAUUCGUAAACAACAUGUAAUGGGGAAUAGGAAGCAAGGGGCGGUGGCACAGUGAUGAGAGCACUUGUCUUCCAUCAACUUGGCUUGGGUUCAAAUCGAGGUGUCAACAGCAUUAUGUGGGCUGAAUUUGUUGUUGCUAACGUCUCCUUUACUCUGAGAGAUUUUUCUCUGGCUACUCUUUUUUUCCCCUCUCUUCAAACACCAUCACUUCCAUGUAGUUCCAAAUUCCAAUUUAACCAGCUGGAAUAGUAGACAAAGAACCUGGCUAUGUGGAUAUGCAACCUCCGAAAAAAUCAUUAUUUAUUAUGUGUGAGAACACUAGCCAUAAGGUUGUGCUACUGAGUUAUUUGUUGACCUGAUGACCAAGUGCAGAAACUGUGGCAUGGUUAUGGUUGCUUUGGAAACCACAAUCAUCUUUGAACUAACCUAGGGUGCAAUCUUUAUUUCAACCAAACUUUUAUCAUGGUGUCAAUGAAACAAAACUUUGGAUCAAUCUUGCAAUUUUGUCCCUCUUUAAGACCCAAUAUUUUCCUUACACCCAGAUUCUAAAUAAUAAACAUUGGAUCAGUUAAAUGGAACCAGACUUUUCAGUUUAAACUGGACACACUCCCUUUUUCGUUCUUCAAUGAUGGCUGUUUAAUAGACAUUCACCUGUAUAACAAAUUGGAACUGCUAAUGGUGGGGAAGGGCUGGGUAUGUAAACCUGUCUGCAGUGGACCAAGAAUUUUCAAAGGUUACGGCAAAGACCUUAUUUUGUCCUUUGGAAGAAGUUUACUGGAAUACAAUAAAUUUUUCUAACAGCAUAAAGACUACAUUAAAAAGUAACAAAAUGUAAAACUAUGUUGAUGUCAUUUUUUCUGCAGUAUUCAUUUCCUCAAGUUAUGUGCAUCGUCUUCAUCUACUCUGGAGAAAAUCACCUUUUGUAAAUAAGUCUUGGAUGUGCGCAGUGGCUGUUCUGUAAGUAUUAAAACUUUGCUUUUUACCAGGUACAAAGAUUUGAAAUCGGUGUCCAAAAAAUAGUACGAAAUGAGACUUCCUUACUUGUAUUGUCAAGUCUCAAAUUAAUUUUUUGAUGGGUGGCCGGACACGAUGACCGGCCAAAGAAAUUUUGCUUGGUCAAGUCUCAUCCUGAAUGGUUUAAGUGCUGGAAAAAAGUUAACUAAUCCUUACAAGUGUGAUUUUCGAUUUGUGAAAUAUGUGUUUUGCAAAGAGACAAAAAUCUAAGAUUUGGCCGUUUUUUCAAGAAUUAUGAGAGUGUGUGUGACAGGUCAACAUGACCUCUGAUUGAAAUUUUUAGGAGUGUAGCUGGUGUAGUUGCCAUUCAGGUCAGACAUUGUUCGUUGAUUGGCCAUUAUUUUGAGCCCUGUAUGGUGUACCAAGCAUAUUGAAAAAACACAUUCAAUCUCCACUUAUUUUUUGCCUCCUCAUGUGUUGUGAACUAAACUAUUUGGCUACUUUCCAUUUUAUGUACAGCUUGACACUCCAUGUAAUCUACUUUGCAUUAUCUCAAGUUGGUUGGAGUCAGCAUAGAUCACGUGUAUACAGUAUCACUGAUGUUCCAGUACCCUCUAUCAUCAUCACCAUUCUAUGGCCUGUUGUUGCUCUUGCAAUUUGUGAACUCUUUAAAAGGAGAUAUAUCAAGUAAGAUAACUUCAUUUUACCACCUGAUAAUUCAAGUACAUGGUUGUCUGUGACCCACUACUGUUUGCAAGACAUGUAUUAAUUUUAGUGUUGAUGUUAAGCAUUACCCCUUGUUUCCACAUGUCACAUAGUAGUGAUCAUUAACUUUAAUAGUUAAUACAAAUGGCAAGUAAAUAUUUUCGUACCGUCAUACGCAAACAUUCUUAGGGCUUCAUCACUGGGGUAGGAACUCACAAACUGACAAAGCCGCUAAGAACGUCUGCAUGGGAGGCUUAUAUUAUUUUAAUUUUCCAUUCUUUGUUAAAAAGGAAAAAUUUUCCUUUAGAGUUUAAUUUUCAGCGGUUAAAUUGGACUCGGGCAUUUGUGAUUUUCAACAGUUUUUGAGAAAAAGAAAAAAGUUCAUCUUCUGAUACACCUGUCUGUACAAAAAAAUAAUGAACUGUUGUGGUCAAUAGUUUUGUUGUAAAAAGGUACGUAGCUUAUCAUUACAUGUGCACAGUGUUAGAUUUUAGUGGUGUCUCAGAAUCCUAUGUUGGCCCAGUAUACACAGUGAUGUUACUUGUCACAAAGAGUAAUGAUAAUCACUUUGACUCUGAAGGUGACUAUGGCACAGGUUGUCGAAACGCGAGUCACUGUCAACAACAACAGUCCUAUCCAGGACUACGAUCAUGCGGACAAUCAUACUCAACCUACUUAUGAAAAGACUCCUGGGUUCAAACCUUUCACACUAAUGAUAAUGAUGGAAUAUUCAGAAAAUCUUCCACUGUAGCAAUUUUUAACAGUCAUUUUAUUAUUACAGGGAGUGGAUCAGACACCAGAGAAGAGCCAAAUUAAAGUUUGGCACCAAGUUGGGCAUGAAUUCUCCAUUUUAGUAGAGGAGAAGGACAAGGCAACAUCUUUUUAAGUAGAAUAGAAUGUUCAUACCCAGUCACAAAUUCUCAUUGACAUAAUUAUUUCAGUAGUAUGUCUAUAAACAUGAGUAAGUGCAUGAAACUCUCGUAAGCGGACACCCUCGGGAUGUGAAAAAGGUGUUCAUACCUGGAGCUGGCCGCUUACAAGAAUGUAAAAAUGCAGAGUUUGUACGGGAGUUGAGUAAAACAGGGUUUUGUGAAGGUGGCUGUAAGUGGAGUUGUCUGCUUACAAGAGUGACUAUUAUGAGAGCUUCCACUGUACAAUUAUUUUCUCUAGGAGACUCUGGGGCUUAUAGAGAGGGGAAGAUGCUAAGUCAAAUAAGUGCAGU